AUGGCUGGUGUGAGAUGUGGAAGUGCGACGAGGUUUCAGCCAAAGGUAGUGAAUUCUACGUCGUCGACUCGUGGGUGUACAAAAUUCUGCAAAGUGAAGAUAAUAAAGUACAGUAGCCGUGGGGUUCUGAGAACACAUCAACGGCAAGAUGGAGAUCUUUAUUUUAUUAUUGACUUACUUUUCUCCACACUCUCAACGAUUACUAUUCAACCGCUCAUGCAGGUAUACGAGAUUAGAGCUCCAACACCCAGGAUUGAAAACGUUAUCCCUUCCUUGAACGGGAAGUUGGGAUGA